AUGGACCGUCUCUUUGGAAGAGCUGGUCUUAUUGACAAAGCAGAGGAGCACAAUAUCACCACAAACCUUAAUUUUUCACCACCAGGAAAGAAGUCAAAGAGCGAAGGGUUUGCUGGUCUUGAUAAUUGGGAUUUAAGUAAUGAAAAAAGUGAUAAGCCGUUGGCUCCUACCUUGGAGGAGGUUGAGAGGAUCAUAGGCCGGAAUUUGAAGGACCAUAAUCCGUUUCCUAAGCUCGAUGAAGAUAUUCCUCCCAAGAGGAUAGCUUCAGCUUUGGGUCUGAAAGUUUCUGAAGUCGUGGACAAUUGGGAUGUGAAAGGACCUUUCAGUGGUUUUUCUAGGAAGUUCUUGGAAGAUCAGGCCAACAAGAUGGAAAAAGAAGGGGAUUGGGAAUCCUUCUAUGUUGUGUUAGUCGUGUUGAUAUAUGGGAUAGUCCUCUUCCCAAAUAUUGACCAUUUCGUGGACCACCUGGCGGUGAGAAUUUUCCUCUCUGGUAACCCUGUACCGUUCCUCUUGGCAGAUCUCUACUACACUCUCCAUGAUCGUCAUGAGAGGAAGGGAGGAAUCGUCUUAUGUUGCGCGCAGUUGUUGCAUGCCUGGUUUAGAUCCCACAUGCCCGAAGAAGGUCCUUUUGUCUCAAAGGAACUCAAGCCCUUCCAGAAGUUAGCUUCCCUUACCUCCAGUCAUGUUAAGUGGUAUAUCAGGGAUUGGGAAACCGAGAAUGUGAUUGUCAGCAUUGGAGACUUUCCCAAUGUGUCGUUGAUAGGAACCAAGGGUUGCAUCAACUAUAACCCCAUGUUAUCUCUAAGGCAGCAUGGGUACCCUAUGAAUGGCCCUCCAAAAGUUGAAGCUCUAGAGCCUUUCAUCUUACAUGGUGUUGAAGCGGAUCAUCCCAUGGUGAAAAAGAUCAAGAGGUCUUGGCAAGCAGUUAUCAGGAAAGGUAAAGAGUUAGGUAAGAGAAAUGUCAUUGCCCAAGAGCCUUACACUUGUUGGGUUAGAGAGAGGGUUCAGAUGAUUAAACUCCCUUAUCCAUUUGAUCCUUCUAUCUAUCCAUUGGUUCCGGAGCCAGAGCCCAUAUUACCUGAAGAUGUAGAGAAGCUCAAUGCCCGUAUCAAGGAGUUGGAAUUGAAAAAUGCUGAUUUGAGAAUCAAGUUGGCCGAGUCUCGAUAG